AUUAUUGGCUUUGUCUGCAGAGACCAGCCUGAAGAUCAUGAUGAAUUCCUUCAACGUUGCAACGCUUUCUUCAUGGAGAUAGUGUCAGUGUUUUGCUUUGGGAAAGACGUGCAUGAGUUGGAUCCGGAUGUGUUUGAAAUGCUCAUGCGAUUUGUUACAGGAUCGCAGUCUACUUGUAAAACAAAAGAAUUCUCGCCAUUCCCUGAGUUCGGAAUGGACAACAGCCCGGUAGUGAGAUCAUUUCUCUUGCAGCAACUCAUUAACUCCAAUGACGUAAAAGCUAAGAAACACCUCGAGCGUUACCUUUACGGAGUUCAGGGUCUGUCAUCAGAGGUGCCUCAUAUUCUGAAUGUGUGUUUGCUCGCUGUGCAGUGUAUGGAGAAUUCGUGGAUCAGUUCGUUUUCCAGGAACGCAAACGUCGAACUUGCUAUUAACAUUGGCCUAAUAACCAAGUUAUGCCAAGACGCCCUUCAUAUCCUGCAUAAAGACUUCACAAGUUUCGAAGAACUGCAAGUGGAUUCGCUGGAAGCGGUAGCAAAGGCGCGCUAUAUUCUAGGCGUGACUGCUGAGUACCUGUACAUUAGCUGUGUUAGUGAUGACGAAAAGUGGAAAAAGCCUGAAACGCGUAUUGCCCUGGAUUUGCUCUUCACUAAUGUUAGGGCACUGUGUAUGUCCGGUCGCUCCAGGUCGCCUGCUUUGUAUCUUCUGAAACAGCUUGUCAAACGUUACGGGGGACACUCGAUUGCCACAAUUUCUCAAAACGAAGAGCUUUCAUGGAUUGUUCCCGCCGAAUUCCAACGAAGAGAGGAUGAUGGGAUGACUUCAGACAGGUUCUUGGUGUAUGGAGUUCUAUAUCGGGAAGUAAGAGAUUCUUUGGCAAGAGCAAUCUUAAGUGGCAACACAGACGAACUUAUCGCGUCAUUAGAGGCUUUACGUGAAUUGCCAGGGCAUGCCAGAGACAUCGUGAUACUGCUGGCUGUAUACAGGGAGAUAACUGUACCACAAGGAACGUGGGCACGAAACCAGCGUGACAGGUGUGCACUGAUAAUAAAUGUCAUUCUGAAAAGGGGCAGAUUCCUGUCUACAAGUGCUCGAAAUUUGGCUAAGGAUAUUUUGAAGAACUCUCAGGGACUGGGAUUUCCGUUCCUUUCCUUCCAAGACACCGACAGCGUGGUAGAAAAUGCUUUGCCGGAGAUCUUGUUUCACGUGACCUCUGUCCUCCAGUGCAACAAUUUUGAUGGGCUGCUGGAACCUUUAAAGGCGAUUAUACUUGCUCCAAGUAGUAUGCUGGAUUCUUUUCUCCCGACUAUGCCAGAAGACAGCUUUGGGGAGACUAUUUCAGCCAUGUCGGAAGGAGGUAGCUGGUAUGAAUGCCCAGCAGGCCAUCGAUACUUUGUUGGUGAUUGCGGUAAACCAACUGAGACGCGUGAUUGUCCCUCAUGUGAAUCGGGGGUAGCAAUUGGAGGCACAGAUCACAACUUAGUUCAAAAUAACAAGCUUGCAAGCAGACACGACCGUUCUAGCACUGGGCACAUAUUGGGAGACCCCCAACGAAUAAUUGCAGAACGAGAUCUUUCUCCCGCAAAUGUUAGCCUUCUGAGGGUCAUUCUCCAUUCUGCCAUGCUCGCCGGAGCCUACCAACAACCCGAGGUCGUAAGUCAACUGAUGCAUCCAGAGGUUCCGGCAGGCGACAUUUGCAGAUUUCUCUGGGAACAUCUUGUCAAUGAUGUAAGAAACGUAUCUACCAGCCUGGAAAGGAGCGAAGAUGAAGUGUUGCUGUUGAUUCAUCUUGUUUUGUCAGAGAUUAUGAGCCGAUCAACAUCAAGAGAACUUGAUUAUAACGGAAAGUGGUCAACAAAAGCAGGAAGAAAAGAAUGGGAAAACGAGUUUGUAAAUGUGUUUGCAAGACCUAUCUGUACGAACCUAGAGGAACGCUUGCAGGAUUUCUAUGGUCUGUCAGUCAACGACAGGAGAUUGGGUAAUGACAAACUCUUUAUGCCGGCUUUCUGAGAAAA